AUGGAGCUCGACCAUUACCCCGAUGCUCCCGUAUACCACUCUCCGCUAAACAAGCCAACAACCCAGUCCCAAGGCACCUCCAACUACUACUAUGAGACCACGCCGCCUUUGAGCCAGCAAGAAGCCGACUCCCGCCAGAUGGCCACUGUUGCGCUCAGAGCCCCUGCUCAACCAUCAACUUUCCAGACAUAG